AUGGAGGACGCUGCACCGGUGGGGGCGGCGGCUGCGAGUGCUGCUUCUCCGAGUGUUGCGGAUGGGCCCAGGGAGGAUACGCCGUUGUUUGUUUAUGGCACUCUAAUGAACGAAAAGGUUCUGUUCGCUCUGCUCGAGAGAGUUCCGUCGACGAGAAAGGCGAGUCUUUCGGGGUACCACCGCUUCCGGAUAAAGGACCACGUCUUCCCGGCUAUCCGGCCAAGAGAGGGGGGGUCCGUGGAAGGGCUGCUCAUGACAGGGCUCGACGCCCGAGAAAAGUUGAUCUUUGAUCUGUUUGAGGAUGAAGACUACCACAAGGUGGACGUCCAAGUCAAGGUCGAGGCGUGUAAAGACGCAACCCAAACGGCAACGUGCUAUGUAUGGAACGCCUCAGCGGAGGACCAACUGUACGAGACUUGGGAACCAUCGACACACUUCACAGAGGAUGGACCCGUCCCCGACUAUGUCACCAUGGUGGAACGGUUCUCCAGGGAGAUUCAAGAAGAAGGCCUGCUGGAAAACACAGCUACUGCUGUUGAUACUGCUGUGUAGCAUAGUUUGGCUUAAUCCGAAAUAUUGUGGCCUCCUGUACAGUAGUGCGGGACUCUCUGCUCGCCGCACGAAGAAGAAGGUUGACAACGUUCAACUUCGGGGGGACUAGGACAUGCCGGGGGGAGGGGAGAGGGGGGCAUCGACGACGAAACGUCUGGAAACGGAGAUUGGGUUACGUGCAUAUGUGGCAUAGUCUAGGUAGAGAGGGUUUUACGGUUGGUUUGGUGUUGAGGCUGAAAUUUUGCUAUACUUGGUAGGAUUUGCGGCACACCAACUAGCAUCAUGUUUCCGCUGGACGCCUUCCAACUCCCCAUAACUCCCCAUGGGGAGCGCGAUCGGGGGGAGGGGAGGGGGGGGAGCGCUACCCCGAAACAAUCGGUUUCUCUGUUCGCACUGAGCGUUACGUGCCUGGUCGGCGCAUCCAAAUCAGGUCCUAUCUACGCAUCAUUUAUGUUCAUAGUAGUAUCAGUCUCUUAUCCUUUCUACAGUAGUCUAGAGGACAUGUCAUGCCGAGAUGUGAUGUUCCAACCGAAUCCAUGGGUGGAACAAAUCUAUAAGCAGCACGGGGCUUCGGGUGCUCAUGAAUUCCCUUUGCACGGCCCGAACCCAGCCCAGCAUUUAGCCGUGGCAGCGCCUCUAGCGCCUCUCUCAGAAGGCUUGCGUACUCGUGGAAACCGACUGAAUG